AAUUAUGUAGUCAUUCCCCGCAAAAAAAAGAGAGGAAUUAUGUAGUCAUGUAUGAAGAGGUGGCUUUUGGACGUUGGUGCGCAUUGUGUGAGGUGUCAGUUGAGUGAUUUACGGGGGGCUCAAUUCCCUUCCAAAAUAAAUUCGUGUAUAAUUGAGAAAGAAAGCUCUUACUACUACUCCAGCAGUCUAGCACACUGCAGUACCGAACGAGAGAUAAGGGCGGAAGGGGAGUCAAUUGGAUCGAUUUCAAAAAGGAGGCAAUCGGAUCCCACGGAGCUUUAUCUGGUGGAAUACUCACGAUCGCCCACGUCCUGACUGCUCAAAUCUUCCGGACCUCCACUCCGAUUCUCACAACUCCGGUCCAAAUUCUCUGAAACAUGGGCGAAAUCCCGGAACCAGAGGCCACCAAGCCCACGCCGGAGCCAUCCUCCUGGCUGAGCCUGAGAGUCUUCUACCUGCGGCUGAGCAAGUGCGAGGUGAACGAGUCCAUGCUGGACUCCCUGACCGUCACCCACGCCCCGCUCACCGCCGACACCGUCCUCCUGCAGCAAGCGAACGGCGGCUCCAACAACGGCCACGUCGUCACGUGCUCCCUCCGCAGAGACCGCGUGGACAGGGCGUCCAGGGAGGCCACCUUCGUGAGCACGGAGGCCGUGAGGAUGAGCGGUAGCGCGCGCUUCGAGGUCCGGGCCGGCGAAGACGAGAGGCUCCUGGUCGGGAUCAUGGAGAUGUGCGACGUGGCGGACGAUGGUUGUUGCAAUGGGGGUGGGAGGAUGAAGGGCUGGGUGAUGAAGUGUCAGGUCGCCGCGACGCAGAGAGGUUCAGGGUUUCUCACGGGCAACGGCGGGGAGGGGCCGACGAUCGAGGUGUACGUGGCGAGCUUGUUCCGGGGCGCUCCGGUCGUGUUCACCACCAAGGCGAUGCAGCUGCGGUCCAGGAGGAAGCGCCGGGCGCCGAAGAAGGUUUUCAUGGAGCCCAUCCCUGAAUGCGCCGACUGCGAGCAAGCCGAUCAGGACACGAUGGAGACGCCACCGGAUGACCAGAAGCAUGGCCCCGAGGAAUCGGAGUACUACUACAGGUGCUACAAGCCGGACCCGGACUACGACGGCGGCUUGUACGUGCGGUCGGCGGGCAUGGAAGAAGGCGAGGAGGACAGCGAGCUCUCGUGGUUCACCGCCGGCGUGAGAGUCGGCGUGGGCAUCAGUAUGGGCAUCUGCCUCGGCGUCGGCAUUGGCGCUAGACUCCUGGCCCGCUCUUACCAGCUCACCUCCAGGAGCAUGAGGCAGCGGCUCAUCUCCAGCGUGCUCUGACACGUAUAGGAGCGUUUCCAGCGCAUCAAAGGGAAGGAGACCAGCAAGUUUGUUUAUACUGGUCUGGAUGCGUUUCCAGUACAUUCUUGUGCAUGUUACUCCUGACUUCCUGAGGUUCCAGAAACGGUCACGUCUAAGCUUUAAAACCUGGUAUUUAACCCUGUGGUUUGCAAACCGCCUAAAUUACUCCUUUGACCCAUCGAACGGUUCUUGCGUGCUGUUUCCUUAUGUGCUUACCACGCUGGACGAUUUGCUUGACCGGGCCAGGCACGUAUAAGAGUUCUCUUAUUACUUUCACACCCACUUGGUUUACUGUAUAUUUAGUGGAGGCUGGUAUUUAUAGGACUACAAAAGUACAAAUACAACAAUCCGAGGGCAAAA